GGCGGGUUCCACGAGCCUUCUUCUGCUCCCCCUCCUCUGCAACUCUUUCUCUCUCUCUCUCUCUAUUCAGAAGAGGAAAGAGAAAGAUAACAUAUAUUUUCUCGGGUGUUCUCCAAUCGGGUACCUUGCCGCGUCCGAGAGAGAAGAGAGAGAGAGAGAGAGAGAGAGAGGGAGAAGAUCGACGAGGGGAAGGGGAAGGGGGAGGAGGGAGACCAGAUCUCUGUAAGCGUCGCGGAUCUCCAUGGCUUUCUUUAUUACUUGUCGCCCACUCAUCCUCCGCCUCGUGGAUCGCUAGACAUCGCCCCCGCGAUUCGCUCGCCAGCGGCAGCAGUCGGCGACAGGACCUUCUAUUCGUCUCGAGCGCGACCCGCUUCAGCGUCGGCAUUAUUCAAAUUGCCGCGACCUCGACCGCGAUCUCUCUCGUUCAUCCUCUCUUUCUCUGCAUGGACGGUCAGCACUCGACCUUCGCGGCUUCAACGGGACGGACACGAUGACCGGAGGAGGAGCGGGAAUCGCCGUGGAGCGCAGCGGAUUAGGGUUCCUGAGGUGGAGGUCAUGGGGUGUGGAGGUUCCAAGAUCGACGAUCUCCCUCUCGUGACGCUGUGCAGGGAGCGGAAGGAGCUGAUCAGGGCGGCGGCGUACCACCGCUACGCCCUCGCGGAGGCCCACGUCUCGUACUUCCAAUCCCUGGCCACCGUCGGCGAGGCCCUGCGGAAGUUCGUGGAGGAAGAGAUCGUGGUUGGGCCGAGUCAUUCGGGCUCUUCUCCUGGCUCUCCGGUGCUCACAUUGCCUUCGGAUGAGAGGAAGCGUGCGAAGCAUUCAGACAAGGCCAAGAACUCAUCCUCUUCAGCUUCGAUUUCUCAUUCAGGUUUGCGUAAUUCGCCCGAGGAAGGCGAUUCUCACCUGCCAUUGUCGUCUGUUUCGGAUUCUGAUUCCGAACUGAGCCCCUCUUCCGGGCACAUUCACAUACACGAGAGCCCUGAGGGGAAGAGGAAAGGCCCUGAUCCUGGCGCUUCCUCUCCAUAUCCUUAUGGUUAUAAUUACCCAUACCCAUAUCCACAGCCGGAUCAGUAUGCAUAUCCACGACCCGGGCAGUACCCAUAUCCGUACCCUGCACCGUACGGUUAUCCGCCGGGUGAGGGGGACGACUGGAAUACGAGAGCAGAGCAGAGUGGUUCCCAGACUCGUGUCUAUUACAUGAAAAAGGCGCCUACUCGUAUGAAAUCAGUGGUUUUUGAGGAGCCUGAGAGGUUCUAUGAGGAGAAUGCUCCAUGGGCGGAUUCCGGGUACGGGUAUUCAAAUUACUCCGGUUAUGCGAGUGGUGGCUUUUAUGGCUAUCCAUCUAUGGGAGCGCCGGAUAAUGCUUAUGGCGCAGAUAGAGAGAAGCCGUCGCCGCCGCAGCAGCCACCUCCUGCUCCUCCUUCUCCUCCCAAUGUGUCUGCUUGGGAUUUUUUGAAUGUUUUUGAGACAUAUGAUAAUGGCUAUGCGACUUAUGUUCCGAAGGGAAAUUAUGGGUAUGGAUCGACAACAAGUAGCCCAGAUUCAAAGGAGGUGAGGGAGAGGGAGGGGAUUCCGGAUUUGGAAGAUGAAACUGAGACCGAGAUGGUGAAGGGGAUUUACAAGGGAAGGAAGAAACUUGGUGAGGAAACGAAUCGAAAUAGGAAUUUUGGCGAAGGUACUUCAAGAGGAGUGCCGGCACAAAAGAGGGAGGAAAUUUCCAGAGAUAUUCCAUCUCAAAGGGGUGAGGAAAGUGCGAAAGCAAUACCUUCCCCUGAUCACAAAAGCUCGGGAUUCAUCCCGAAAAACAAGGCUAAAAGUAGUAGUUCUGAUACUAUUGUGUCCCCAAGCUCUCCAGAGGAUUAUUCUAGGAAGAAGGGAGUCAGUUUUGAAGUGGAGGAGACCUCCACACCGGAUCUCGAUUCCUCCAAGCUGAGUAGCUUAACCACUCUGUCAGCCCAUGGUACGAGAGACCUUCAGGAUGCUGUAAGAGAUAUCAAGGAUGAAUUUGAGUCUGCCUUUGGCUACGGGAAGGAGGUGGCUGCAUUGCUUCAGGUGGGAAGGUUGCCUUAUGAGUCUAAGGGAACCCAACUCAAAGUGAUCUUUUCGAGAAUUAUGUAUCUGGUGGCACCUUCCAUGCUAUCUUCACACUCUUCCUCAAGGCAAUCUCCACGAGUAAGUUCAAGGAGAAUGAAAAUGGCACCAGCAUAUAUUGAGGAUCCUGGCAAGGACUUCAACUUGAACUCAGGGAACAUUUCAUCAACACUCGAUCAACUUUAUGCAUGGGAGAAAAAACUAUAUAGAGAAGUUAAGGAUGAGGAAAAGCUACGAGUUGUUUAUCAAAAGAAGUGCAAUAAACUAAAAAUUCUUGAUGACCGUGGAGCCGAAUCUAGUAAGAUAGAUGCUACUGAGGGGUCAAUAAGGAAGUUGCAUACCAAAAUUGAUGUUUGCAUCAGAACGGUAGAUGCAAUAUCAAGCAGGAUACACAAGUUGAGGGAUGAGGAGUUGCAGCCCCAAUUGACUGAACUGAUUUGUGGAUUAAUUAGGAUGUGGAGGUCCAUGCUGAAAUGCCACCAAAAACAAUUCCAAGCCAUAAUGGAAAGCAAAGUUCGUGUUCUCAAAGCUAACACCAGUUCCCGAGGAGAGUCCAGUUUGAGAGCUACUGUGGAACUCGAGAUAGAGCUUCUAAAUUGGAGCAGCUGCUUUAAUCGGUGGGUAAAUGCUCAGAAAUCAUACGUUGAAUCUUUGAACGGGUGGCUUUUGAGGUGUAUUGACCGGAAACCUGAAGUAACUGCAGAUGGAGUUGCCCCUUUUUCGCCAAGCAGAAUGGGGGCUCCCCCAGUUUUUGUUAUAUGCAAUGAUUGGUUCCAGUCAAUAGAAAGAAUUUCACAAAAGAGGGUAAACCAUGCAAUGCGUGAUUUUGCUUCAAGAAUCCAUGAGUUAUGGGAAAGACAGGAUGAGGAACAACGCCAAAGGACCAGAGCAGAACAAAUUUCUAAGGAUUUUGAGAAGCAGCUUAGAAUCUUACGCAUGGAGAGAGGGAAGCUAGAGCACGAACAGGAUACAUUCUCUGAAAGAACUGCAGUGUCGAAGUUUCCAUCUGAAAGUGGUGUUUCACAUCUGGAUGAUCUAAAGGUUGACUUGGAUUCAAUAAGAAAGAGAUUGGAAGAAGAGAGAGCUAGGCAUAAAGAGACGAUGAACUCAGUUGAUGAUGUAGCCUCGAAUAGUCUGCAAGCAGGUCUAGUCCCAAUUUUUGAAACUUUGGGGCAUUUCACUUCAGAGGUUUUGAAAGGCUACGAACAGGUCAGGCUUUCAAAGGUUGUUUAAGAGUUCAUGUUUCAUUCAGUGAGCAGCAUUCUACUCUGGAGCAAGAAAUCCCGCCUGCUAUAUGUACAGUUAUCAUUGUGCAGUUGCCUAGACCAUGAUUACGCGACCAGAGGGUAGACAGUUUUAAGAUUAGUUAAGUUAAUAGCGGAUAGGCAGAAUAGAAGUGAUAUACAGGCACUAGUGACGGUGUCUAGAAGAAACUCGUGUUAGAUAUUAAUCUCUCUAGCUCCUGAUUCUCCUAGACUACUUAUUAGUCUAUCAGUUAGGUAGCAGAGGAAAUCUGUACAGUAAUUCAUUCUUUUGUUGAUUCAUUGUUGGUGCGGUGGAUGUAUUUUGUAGUCUAGGAGUGAACUCCCAGCAUAUGGAAGGGAAAUCGUUGCUGGACAGGGGUGUGGAUAUGCUCAAUUUUGACCGAUGUAUUUCAUCAUUGUCGACACAUUCGCCCCUCGACUACCCCCCAGUCUCUCUGACUCACCCGAGGCUUUUAUCUUGGUGAUGUGAAUCUUUUGAUUUCAGUUACAUAUUUUAUUUA